UCUCUGCCGAGGUCUGGCCGAACGCAGGUCUUUCAGACUAUGGGUAGUCGGUGAUCCUAGCAAUCAAUACGAAGUAAUACUAAGGACUUCAUUUCUUCGAGACUGUGGACAUCCUCUCUUGUUUCGACUUUGUUUCCUCUGCUGCAUCGCGAACGCCCGCUUCUACAUUCUUCAACAUUCACAACCCCAACAUCAGGAUGCCUGGGUGCAGCCUAUCUCAUCGCAUACUCUUCAUAAGCUCUAUUCUACUCUUGAUCGUAUCUAUCGUAACACUCUGUCUUACUGGUCACGCGAAAUGGCUUUUGGUCCGAUACUUUCCUGCUGAUGCUUGGUACAUCUGGAGAGGAACAGAUGAUACGUAUGACGAGCAGCAGACAACUCAGCAGUGGAUUGCUGUUGCCUACAACGAGACAUACGAUAGGCUGGCCCUUGUGCGAGCAGUACUAGGCGUUGUGGCUAGUGUGCUAAGCAUUUGGAUCAUGCGAGCGAAGCCCAGAGCUGUAAUGGAAGAAGAUACCCAGAAUUUUCAAAACUCAUUCCGAGGCAAACCUAUAUACAUCACAGCUGUGGUGCUCGCAGUCAUAUCGUUCGCCAGCACACUUACAUCCGCGAUAUGGUCCUCGAUCUUGCAUUACCAAUCAUCCAAGCGUUGCCAAAUACCGACGGUGUUGGCCAAAUACAACAACAACUUCAAAUGCACGCGUGAGCUAGCGACCUGCGUUAUGUUACCCGUCAUCCGGAAAACGGAUGAUGCAGCAAGGAGGCUUGCGUGUGUGGAGACUAAAACUACUCGGUGGCUGCUAGUCCCUAUGCUCGCGUUAGGGUUGGCGUUAGUCGUGGGGUAUGCUGUGCAGAUCUGGUAUCUGAGGAGACGGGCGGCUCUCGAACAGAGAGCAGAAGAUAAGGUUACUGUGCUGGAAAAGGCGGACUGACAUACGAUCUUUGCAAUACAUCAUCAUUCCAUACGCAAAAGUUUUCU